GGCUGACUCCCGAACCAUCCGUCGUUCACGGCUUAUUCUUUUGCCCUAAUCAGGCGAGCGAAGCCAUGGCGGAAUCCUCGCCUCUCGAUCUCUCCGACCAUCCUCCUCCUGUGUUCGACCUGCCCUGCGAUCCCCUCGCGCCUUUCCCCUACGAUGAUUUCGACCUCGAUCUGGUCUUCGACUGGGAUUUCUCCGUCGACGAUUUCCUCCAAUCAACUGACAACCAGCCGUCCCACGCUCCCGACGAUCUGCCGGAUCCGUUCUCCGGUUGUGGAUCUGGGAAUGUAUUAUCUUCCUCCUCCCCUCCCCCUCUCCAUCACCAGAGCUUCGAUUUUCCCCACGAGUCGAAAGGUUCCCACCCCGCCUCGCCCUUUUCGGGAAACUCGUCCCAGGAAUCGGGCGUCGUGGAUAAGGGCGUGAAGGUGGAGGCGGCGAAGAUCUCGAAGAGGAAAACAGAUCGGGUGGAAGGAUGUUUUGAUGCGACUUUUAACAAGUUACAGCGAUCGGGCAUGACGGAGGACGAGGAGGAGGAUAAGAAAAAAGAGAGGAUGAUGCGGAAUCGUGAGAGCGCACAGCUAUCCAGGCAGAGAAAGAAGAAGUACGUCGAGGAGCUGGAGGACAAGGUUAAGUCGAUGCAGUCGAUGAUCAAUCAAUUGAACGCGAAGAUCUCGUAUGUCAUGGCUGAGAAUACAACCCUGCGGCAGCAGUUGGGUGGUGGGGGCGGCACUGGCCCAGCUGUUUAUCCUCCCGUUGGGGCAAUCCCUCCUAUGCAUUUGUCCUGGCUUCCCGGGUAUGGUUGGAGACCGCAAGGGUCUCAGGUCCCAUUAGUUCCAAUUCCGAAACUGAAGCCACAUCAACCUGCAUCUGCUAAAUCCAACAAGACGAGGAGCAAGACUAAGAAGGUUGCUAGCGUGAGCCUUUUGGGGUUGUUGUUGUUUGUUGUUGUGGUAUGUGGACUUGUGCCUGAAAUACAUCUCUGGUACCAAGGAACUAGAAAUGAAAUAGAUAACGUCGAAAGAAGAAUUCUUAAUGGUUCUAUAGGAAAGGUUCUUGACGUCAGUGGUCGUAAUGAAGUUGGACUUUCCACUAGAAGUACCCGUUUGGAGAAAGAUGGAAGUAGAGUAAUUCAGGUACAUAAUGGUGGGCCAUUGCCUUCCACUGGUUCAAAUUCAAAUGCAGCCAGACAGAAUUCCAGUGAUACACUACCAGCGUUGCUUUAUGUGCCAAGAAAUGGAAAACUUGUGAAGAUCGAUGGCAAUUUGAUAAUCCAUUCUGUGCUUGCUGGUGAGAAGGCAAUGGCCCAAGCAAAGGAAAAAUGCUCCGUCAAAGAAAGUAAAGGAACAUCCUUGGCUGUUGCUGGCGAUACGAUGUCAGCACUGGCCGUCCCCAAUUUUGAAAGGGAAGUUGAUCGCUCUCUUCCUGACAAAAGAUAUGGCAAUAACUUCAAAGAGACUUCUGUUGAUGGUCCAGUGUCACAAUGGUUCCGCGAAGGAAUGGCAGGCCCGCUUCUAAAUUCUGGACUGUGCACGGAGGUGUUCCAGUUUGAUAUCUCACCAACAUCAUCAAGUGGCGGCAUUAUCCCAACAACAUCAAUUGUAAAUGCUACAUCAAUGGAUAACACUUCUGAGAAUUUCACUUCUGCACCUGGUCGUCAAACGGCAAUAAAGAGUAGGAGGAUGAAGUACACUGAACCAGAUCCACUAAAUGCAACUGUCCCGAAUGACACACAGCAAUUCAGAAAGCCGUCCGAGGGAAGCAACUUUGGUGGCGACAAACCAGUUGCCUCCAUUGUGGUUUCUGUACUCGCUGAUCCUAAAGAAGCCGGAAUUGGGGAUGGUGAGGGGAUGAUCUCUCCAAAGUCGAUAUCUCGUAUUUUUGUUGUAGUGCUUCUGGAUAGUGUUAAAUAUGUAACAUAUUCAUGUGUUCUGCCCUUUAAAACCUCUGUCCCUGUCUUGUAAAACGAUCAAUUGUAUGGAAUAGAAACUACAGAAUUAGGAGUCUUUUCACCGUGUAAAGUUGUUGACAGGGUACAAUUACAGAGAAGUGGUAUGAUUACUAUGUUGUUUUUCUUUGUUA